CGUUAAGCUGGGCGGGGUUGAACUGCAUGUGUGAAUAUACAAAACACGUAACGCACCGCUAUCUGUGGGAAUAACGUGCGUUAAACUCUACAGAAAUUCCCUGGGGCACCUGAAGGUAUUCAUUAACUUUCCCCAGGCCAUGUUAUGAGUUGUUUAAGCUCAAAAUAAAAUUAUUCUUUAUGUUUGUUUGUAAUUAUUGAAAACGGACACAUGAUAAAUUAGCAUAACCUUGCGGCAAUGAAAAAUUGCCGAUAGUUCAGGCAAUAUAUAUGCAGAUUUUAUGUAUGUUAUGAGGGAAUUCGAGGGGUAACUAAAGUUUCAUACAAGAAUCGCCAUCUUGUAAGAGUUCCCAAACUUUCUUUAAUUUUGAUAUCGGUAUAGUUAUUUAAACAACCAACCGUGUAACAAAUGGUGAAUUUAUAGAUUAGAAUAAGUUACUGCAAUCCAAAAUGGAAGCGAACUAAGGCAAUUUGGAUGGUUUGAUACAUUUCUGGCACGGUAGCCCGCUAACGAAGUCUCGAUAUAUUUAGGUCAAACGGGGAGCCGACGUGCGAAUCCGGAGCCAGAGGGGAGAACUGUUGGUCACGGAACAAAGAAUGGUUACACCUACAGUGUUGGACCCACUCAACAGUCAAGCCACCUAAUGAGUUGCUCCCAGCCACAACAAAAUGGCUCCCAUACAGGCCACGGCUUUAUGCAUCACAAUGCUGGCUACACUCUCCACCCCCCGGACCGACAGUAUGGGGGUCGGGCGGACCCUGGCCCCUCCUCCAGGGCGGAUUUGACCGGUCACAUGGCACACGGCGGCUACGAGAACCCCAUGGACCUGUCCAGUAACAAGCCAGGAAAUCCCGGUCGGCUUGUGAAGGAGGAAGGUCAUCACCAUGGUUACCUGGCUGCUAUGGGAACCACCCCUGUAUCUGUGGGAAUCCCAGAUCAUGUGCACAAUCCAUCACACAUUGUGGCUGGAUCUCUCACCCCUCCCGAGAAGAUCAAUGGUGACCCUGGCGCCAUGGCCACCAGCAGUCCCCUCAGCAUCACCACAAUGACCCAGGCUAUCCCAGCACCCCCCAGUCCCAUCUCAACACCGUCCCCCCUGUAUGCCUCCAACAGCUAUGUGGACAGAGGUUACCAGGACCAAAGACUCACAAAGGAAGCCAUGAGGAAUUACCUAAAGGAUAGAGGAGAUCAGGUCCUGGUGAUAUUACACGCGAAAGUGGCCCAGAAAUCCUACGGCAAUGAAAAGAGAUUUUUUUGCCCUCCCCCCUGUAUAUACCUCUUUGGAAGUGGCUGGAAACGGAAAAAAGAGGCCAUUGAAGCGGAGGGUGGAACGGAACAGGACUCCACCACGUGUGCUUUCAUGGGAAUUGGAAACUCCGACCAGGAAAUGGUGCAGCUAAAUCUGGAUGGAAAGAACUACUGUGCAGCAAAGACUCUUUAUAUAUCUGACUCUGACAAGAGAAAACAUUUUAUGUUGACUGUGAAAAUGUUCUUUGGAAACGGACAAGAUAUCGGUGUAUUUAAUAGCAAGCGGAUUAAAGUGAUUUCCAAACCAUCAAAGAAGAAGCAGUCCCUCAAAAACGCAGAUUUGUGUAUUGCGUCGGGAACCAAAGUGGCAUUAUUUAACCGGCUUCGUUCCCAGACAGUCAGCACGCGAUACCUACAUGUGGAGAAUGGGAAUUUCCACGCCAGCUCCACUCAGUGGGGAGCCUUCACCAUCCAUCUGUUGGAUGACAAUGAGAGUGAAUCGGAGGAGUUUACAGUCAGAGAUGGCUACAUCCAUUAUGGUUCUACCAUUAAACUCGUCUGCUCAGUCACUGGAAUGGCACUGCCUAGACUUAUAAUUCGUAAGGUGGACAAGCAGACGGCCAUUUUAGACGCUGACGACCCCGUGUCCCAGUUACAUAAGUGUGCGUUCUACAUGAAGGACUCGGAGAGGAUGUAUCUCUGUCUGUCCCAAGAACGCAUCAUUCAAUUCCAGGCCACACCCUGUCCCAAGGAACCCAACAAAGAGAUGAUCAACGACGGAGCGUCCUGGACAAUUAUCAGCACAGACAAGGCGGAGUACACGUUCUUCGAGGGGAUGGGUCCCGUCAAGUCGCCGGUGUCUCCUGUACCCGUCGUCAACAGUUUACACUUGAAUGGAGGAGGGGAUGUAGCCAUGCUGGAGCUGAGUGGGGAAUUCCUGGCCCCCAACCUGAAGGUGUGGUUCGGUGAGGUGGAGGCAGAGACCAUGUUCCGCUGUGAGGAGAGCAUGUUCUGUGUGGUUCCUGAUAUCUCGGCCUUCAGGGCCGGCUGGAGAUGGGUGCGCCAACCUCUGCAGGUGCCUGUUUUGUUAGUGAGGAGUGAUGGGAUUAUUUACUCCACGGGUUUGACCUUCACCUACACCCCGGAGCCUGGCCCCCGCGCCCACUCCCGGGAAGUGGACCGAAUCAUUCAGCCGGGCGUGUCCAGUCCGGACUCUACCUCCACAGCCAACUUCAGCAACCCCUUAUAGUGCCUUGUCCCGUCUCGGUCCACCGACCGGAAAACUCUCUAACCAAUCAUGUGAUAUUUUUGUAUUCAGUGUCUGUGGUUCUGUGUCCGCACUGUGACUGGUGACUCUCGCAGGAAGUGAGAGCCCACACCGAGGCUGGGCUUUUAAUCACGCCUUGGUGUCUCAUCUUGUGACAUGUUUUAAGUUCAAAGAGAGGUCAUUGAAACUAUAUUUUUUCCAGGGUUAUUUUUUUAAUUUCUGUCAUCACCACACAAUGUAAUAUGUUAAUUUAAACCAAUGUGAAAUGAUAGACUACAUUUAUUAAGUCUGAACAUGAUAAAUUUGUUACAGACCAUUAUAUUGCUGACUUGAAUUUGCUGAACUUUGUAUAUAUUUAUGAAGUGCUUUAACCAUGCAGGCCUGUAUCGUAUUCUGUGCUUUUAUGUUGAUAGUGCUUUCAUUUUGUUACCAUAGAAACGGUGUCACGAAGUGACAAUGUCCCUGUGUGGUGUACAUUAGAGGAGUGCCAGUAUUUUGUUUGACGUGUACACCAACCAUUGCAAUAUUAUCACCUCUUACCAUGUACCACCGCCAUAUCAAUCAAUCAUCAUACGUCUGUGAAAGGUCAAGACAACGGACAUCGCAAUAUCUAACACACUAACGGUAUAUUUGUUACCGAUUCAUCCAUGUGCGUUGGUUUGUUCUUGGUUUGAAAGAUUAUGUAUAGAACGGGGGACGCGUCGUGCUCUGUUGAUCAUUAUUUGUUGAUCUUUGUUAGACGUGCUUUUCCAGUCAAUCACAUGAUAUUGAGUUUCUACCCAUCAUGCACCUGUUCUGAUCUAUCAGUUCUGUAAUUGGGGAUUUUCCACGUUCCCUAAAUUCCCUAAACAUGAUCUGUUUAAGAAAUACAAAUCGUUUUGUACCAGGGUCAGUGAUUGGAUCAGUUUUCCAAUGAAUACUUUCUUUAUGGUGUAUAAGAUGUAAUUACCCUCAUCUGUAAAUUUUUCACAUUUACAGCAUAUUGUGUCACACAGGUUUUAUGACUGAAUUGGGCAUUGACAAUUGUAUCUCUAUUUUUGUCUUUCUUACUCACUUUAAUAUCAGUAAAAUAAUGAUAUGAAAUGAUAUGUUUCUGGACAACACUGUACAAGGUUCAUGUUUCUAUAUCUCCAUGAGCUGUUCAGAGACUCGCUAUGUUCAUAUUUCUAUGAGAACUGUUCAAGGGUCGGUGAUAUGUUCACAGGCAGCUUAACCACUGUCAAUCCAUUCUAGGAAUCUUCCUUUUGUAUCUGUCUGAAUGUUCCCACUUGCUUGGUGUAUUUAAUUUUAUCCCUUGUAUGCUGCAACACUAAAAGGUUUUCGUUUCUCUCUUGUUCUGUUUUCUCUCUUAUGAGACAGUGUUUGUAAUUGACGUUAAAUCCAGAAGUGACUGUUCUUUUUCUAAUAAGAUCAGUUUUUAUUUCUAUAACCAUGUGGCACUCUAUAUGCAGUCUUUUAUUGAGCUUUUCCCUGUUUAUGUUUGUAUUCUCACGGGGCCAAAUUUAUAAUUUUAAUAGGUAAAAAAAACCAUUUUGUAAAAUCUGUAAAACCUCUUGGCAUUUUUCCUUAUUUUACUGUAACACAUCCUGUGUAUGUUAUUGCUGUUAUUUUUUUCUGAACUACCAAUAAGGAUUGUUACUUUGUGUGUUCUGAAACCUUUCUUAUUGUUAUGACAAUCACCAAUUACUGUUCUCUUCCUCCUUCAUCCGGUCAUUUCUCCCACUGACUACUUGUCAGUGGUCAUUGGGAGGUAGUUCUUGUACCACUGUCAGUGAGGUUUUUUUUUUUUGUUUGUUUUUGG